UUCUAGAAAUCCUCGAGAUGGGAUUGUUCUGUCGACCGACAUGGGGCCGCGUCGCCCUGCUCGUGGUGGUGCUCCUCGUCUGCACCGACUGCAUUGACGCAGCUGCAAAGAAGGCGAAAGACUACUACAAGAUCCUUGGGGUGCCUAAGAACUUCAACGACCGACAACUCAAGAAGGCAUACCGAAAGCUGGCGCUGCAGUAUCACCCCGACAAAGUCGAAGAGAGCGAACGCGAAAAGGCGCAAGAAAAGUUUGUCGAGAUUUCCCAAGCGUACGAAGUGCUGUCUGACCCGAAGAAGCGGGAAGAGUACGACUUGUAUGGCGCGGACGGCCCUGAUGGCGGCGGACACGGCGGUGGACACUCCGGCGGUCCACAUUUCCAUCAUCAAGGUGGUGGUGGACCGGGGUUUGAUCCUUUUGAAAUGUUUAACCAUUUUUUUGGUCAACAAGCCCGUGGCGGAAAUGGACAGCACCGAGGCGGCCACCAAGAGUUUCACUUCAGCGGUAUGGACGGGUUUGGCCAACCGCGCCAACAACAGCAACCUCAGCCGCUGUACCCAAAGGGUUCCUCCAUUAUCACGAACUUAACACCAAAGAAGUUUCCCGGCAUACCAAGUGCCAAAAACGAAUGGCUCGUCCAGUUUUACAGCCCCACCGACAAGAAGAGUGUCAAAUUCAAGGACAAGUUAGUCAGCAUCGCAAACGACCUGAACGGCCGCGUCAAAGUCGGUGCCGUCGACUGUGAUAAAUAUCAAUCGUUUUGCCAAGAAUUUGGCGUCGAGACGUUGCCAAGCUUUGUCCACGUGUGGCAAACGAAUGUAUCACCCCUGUAUGAAGGCCCGCUGGAAGAAUAUGGCGUGUACAACUUUGCGUUUGAAAAGUACGCCGCGCGGUAUCGCGCCAAACGCGAAGCGGGCGAAGUCGACGAAUUGCACGGCGGCAACCAAGCCAAACUUUGCAACCUCGGCAAGAACGCCGACACGUCAGUGUCAUCGUCAUUGUGCGCAGUGUUUGUGUUACCCAAGUCCGCGAAACGUGAGCAGUGGAUGCAAAAGGUUCGCGACGUGGCCAAGGUCUUCCGAACAGAUCACCGCGUGACCGUGGUGUGGGUCGACGAACCGAAUCAAGCCAAGGCCCUGCGGCCAUUACAGUCGCUCAUACCAGACAAGAACGAACCAAAGUUGCUCCUGCUGCGGCGAAAAGCGGGAGGAAAGCUGCGAGCCGCCGCGCAUCGCUCCGCAUUUGACUCAAACGAUCUCAUCGCGACCAUUGAAAAAGCACUGGGCGGGGACCUGGCCCUCACCAACGUCGAGAAUCCGCACGUUGUCGACUUCAAAUAAUCUAAUAGACUUUAUUCAUUUGAA